AAUGUGGCUAAUAGAAAUAAGUGCAAGUGUAUAAAAGGCACUGCCAGACACGCUGGUGGCAUCAGUUUCAAAUCUUCAACAUAGUCGCGUCACGUGUCGGCAGCAUAACAGGCGAUUAAGUACAUACCUCCCGCUAUCUCUCUCACAUCAUGUUAAAAGUGAUACUGCCGCUGCUCUCACUUUGUGCGCUGGCCAUGGCACGUCCUGGUUUUCUGCACGGACAUCAUCACCACUAUCCGGAUUACCCAUUCUUCCCGCACCACCACCACGAACCGCUGCAUGUGGCCAAGAUCGUGCAUGUGCCCGCGGCCAUUUCACAUCAGAGCUCCACGGUGGUGCACAGCGUGCCACAUCACAUUAUUAAGCCGCUGGUGGUGCCAGUGGUCAAGACUGUGGUGCAUCCCAUCAUCAAGACGUACCAUCCGGCGCCAAUUAUCAAGGCAUACCAUCCGUUCGAUCCGUUCCAUCAUCAUCACCACGACUUCCACGAUUUCCAUCACUUCCAUUGA